UAGUUUUUUUGUUAAAUUAUUCUGUAUUCAUUUCUGAUCGACAUUCAAUAGAAUUGGUUCACUCUUGUAAGGAAAUUAGCAUCAUGUUGGCAAAAAUUGUUUUCGUUUUGUGCUUGACAACCGCGGCGUUUGCUUUCUCCAAGGAUGAACACGAACAACAUGAACUCAUCAAUUCAGUGCUCGGCUCAGUAACCAACGUAGGAAAAGAAUUCUCGAAGUUGGUUUCUGAUGACCCAGACAAAUAUUCCGUGGACUUGAAUAGCUUGUACAAAAAAUACGAAUUGGCCAGCAAAGCCGAGCAAGCUAAGAGCUUCUUACAAAGCCAAUUCAAGAGAGGAGCAGAAUACACCAACGAAUACUUGAAAAAAUUCGACGAAGAAAGUGAAGACCAAUUCAAGAAAAGUGUUGAUUUAAUCAAGAGCAAUGACCCUGUUUUGGGAGAAAAGUUAAACAAGUUCUACGAGAAAUCCUGUGAAGUCGAUAGGUUGGUUGAAGAUAUCGUUAAGUACGUUCUCGACCCAGAGAAGAUUUCAACUUCUAUUGACAAGGUCAGGAGUUCAUUGCACCCAUUAGAACAUAAACUUAUUGAAGCUGUCAAGAAAAUUGAAACUUUGAUCAUCGAACAUUUGCCGUCCAAGAAGAAGGGCAAGAACUAAUGACUCGCUAAUAAAAUUCUAAAAAAUAAUUUAACUAUUUACAAUGUAACUAUUUAAAUACAAUAAAUUAUAUAAUUUAAAUACAUGAAUUUUAAGCAGUCUAAAUAUAUAAUCAAAAUGUUUUUUUUUAA